CAAAGGGCAUCUUCAUCUUCAUUUUAUCACUCGCUCCCAAUUCCCCCUUACUAUAAAAACUCACUCAAUAAACCCUCCGCCACUUUUCCAUCAUAACUCAUCUCUUCACACACUCUCUUCCCUUUGUCCUCACCUACCAUCUAUCCAUCCAUCAAUGGCUGCUGCACCAGCAACAACCUUUUCUCUCUCCUCCUCUACAUCGUCAUCUUCCUCAGCUAGAGCCUUGAAGCAAACCCCUAAACCCUCGGCUUUCAACCUAGGGUUUCUCGGCUCUUCGUCUUCUACCAAAGCGUGUAGGUCUCUCAAAUCAUCAGCUCGCGCUCUUCCAAACGGUGCUGGAUCUUCCGCGCUUUCUGCUCAAAUGGUUUCCGCGCCUUCGAUUAACUCGCCGCCUUCCACCACCUUUGACUUUGAGAGCUCUGUUUUUAAGAAGGAGAAGGUCACUCUUUCCGGUCACGACGAGUACAUUGUGAGGGGAGGAAGGAAUUUGUUUCCGUUGUUGCCGGAAGCAUUUAAGGGUGUUAAGAAGAUUGGUGUUAUUGGAUGGGGUUCUCAGGGCCCUGCUCAAGCUCAGAACUUGAGGGAUUCUCUGACAGAGGCAAAGUCUGAUAUUGUUGUCAAGAUUGGACUCCGCAAAGGGUCUAGCUCUUUUGCUGAGGCACGUGCUGCUGGUUUCAGUGAAGAGAAUGGCACUUUAGGUGAGAUGUGGGAGACCAUUUCCGAAAGUGAUCUUGUGAUGCUGCUGAUUUCUGACUCUGCUCAGGCUGACAAUUACGAAAAGAUUUUCUCCCAUAUGAAACCAAACAGCAUUCUUGGAUUGUCUCAUGGAUUCCUUUUGGGGCAUCUGCAAUCUCUGGGAUUGGACUUUCCCAAGAAUAUCAGCGUGAUUGCUGUAUGCCCAAAGGGAAUGGGGCCUUCUGUUAGGAGGUUGUAUGUCCAGGGUAAAGAGGUCAAUGGUGCUGGAAUCAACUCCAGCUUCGCCGUUCACCAGGAUGUCGAUGGUAGGGCUACAGAUGUAGCACUUGGCUGGUCAGUUGCUCUUGGAUCCCCCUUCACAUUUGCCACUACUCUCGAGCAGGAGUACAAGAGUGAUAUCUUUGGGGAGCGAGGUAUCUUGCUUGGUGCUGUUCAUGGAAUUGUUGAAUGCUUGUUUAGAAGGUACACAGAAAAUGGAAUGAGCGAAGAUCUAGCGUACAAGAACACUGUCGAGUGCAUUACUGGGGUCAUAUCAAAGACCAUCUCAACUAAGGGAAUGCUGGCCUUGUACAAUUCUUUGUCAGAAGAAGGUAAAAAGGAUUUCCAAACAGCUUACAGUGCCUCGUACUACCCUUCCAUGGACAUUCUGUAUGAGUGCUAUGAAGAUGUUGCUAGUGGUAGUGAGAUCCGAAGUGUUGUUUUGGCUGGACGACGAUUCUAUGAAAAGGAAGGCCUCCCAGCUUUUCCAAUGGGUAAUAUUGAUCAAACCAGAAUGUGGAAGGUGGGUCAGAAGGUCAGAGAAACCAGACCUGCAGGUGACAUGGGCCCAUUAUAUCCUUUUACUGCCGGUGUCUAUGUUGCUCUAAUGAUGGCCCAGAUUGAGAUCUUGAGGAAGAAGGGUCACUCUUACUCUGAGAUCAUCAAUGAGAGUGUGAUUGAAGCAGUAGAUUCCUUGAACCCCUUCAUGCAUGCCCGGGGUGUCUCAUUUAUGGUUGACAACUGCUCAACCACAGCAAGACUUGGAUCAAGAAAAUGGGCCCCUCGUUUUGAUUACAUUUUAAACCAACAAGCCUUUGUAGCUGUUGACAAAGGUGCUCCAAUCAACCAAGAUUUGAUCAGCAACUUCUUGUCAGAUCCUGUUCAUGAAGCUAUUGGAGUUUGCGCAGAGCUCAGACCAUCCGUUGAUAUCUCUGUGACCGCUGAUGCUGAUUUUGUGCGCCCUGAGUUGCGCCAGGCAUAAGUAUUAUUAGGUAUGGAGUUGUAAGAUCCGAGCUUUUUGUACUUUAAUCUUUUCUGUCCCGUGAAACAAGACCCUCUAUAUUCUAAGUUUUGGCUAGAGUUUUAUGUUUAAUUUGGGACUUUAGAGAGUGCCUGUCUAACUUGUGUUGUAAUGUAGUAGUAUGUGGCUGCAAUAAUGUUGUAGUAUGUGGCUGCAAUGCUGCCAGUGCCCCCCGGGGCCAUCUUAUCAGUUAUGCUUGGUUCGUGAUGCUGUAGGAAAUAAAGAUCUUUCCGUACACCGUUCUACAAUUGCAUGCUUGUUAAAAACCUCA